AUGGGAUGCUUCAAACUCCCAAAAAGUCUUUGCAAGGAUAUUGAAUCUCUAAUUCGGAAAUUUUGGUGGGGCUAUAAGGGGGAAGCACGAAAAAUUCAUUGGGUGGGAUGGAAAAAAUUAUGCAAGUCAAAGAGUCACGGAGGGUUGGGAUUCAAGGAUAUUGAACUCUUCAAUAUUGCUAUGCUAGGCAAGCAAGUUUGGAGAUUGAUCCAUAACAAAGACUCUCUCUUCUACAAGGUAUUUAAAGCCAAAUAUUUCCCCAAUUGUUCAAUUCUGGAUGAGGGGGUAAAGGAGAAUGGUUCAUAUGCUUGGCAAAGCAUUCUAAAAGCACGAGGGGUGGUGAGGAUGGGGUCAAAAUGGAGAAUUGGAGAUGGACAUUCUGUCAGGAUUCGUGGGGACAAGUGGCUACCUGAUUUGUUCUCUAGCUGUGUGGUGUCUCCACAGAAAAAUUUCCCAAACAACACUCGAGUUUGUGCUCUUAUUGAUGAGGAAAAUAGAUGCUAG